AUGGACCGACAUGCAUCAGCACCUCCCCUACAGCAUGGCCAGGUUAGCUUGCAGUUACUAUACGAGGGCAAGUGGGCGGGGGCGGACAAGGCAAACGAGCAUGCUGUAGGGAAGGAGUUUGCGCGGGCAUUGCUAGUGGCGCUAUGGCCUGAGAAAAACGAGAGUGCUGAGUGGAGGGAGUGGCAGGAGGAGCAUGACAUUCUCGGAAUUUUGGAGGGGGACCUCUCGGAGGCAACGACACCAGGAGAAAAAGAUAAGCUAACGUUUGGCAUGUACACGGAGUUGAACGAGAGUGCUGAGUUCAGAAAAGAGGUUGAGGUGUACGCCGCAUCUGCGCACGAGAAGAAAGAGGUUGUAAGCGACGACCUAGAUGUUGACAAUCCACCGCCGCGUGUCUCAGCUUUUGGCAUGAUUUGGAACUUCCCUCUUUUAUACGAAUGGGCUCGUCACGCGAUUUUCCUCGCUGUAAUUCAUGAACAGCUUGUGGGGAGCGUGUUUUCAAAGUACGAUACUUGCACGCAGCAGCACGACUCGAGGGAGAUUGAUAUCGUUCGCCUUGGCCAGUUCCGCUCGGCCCAGUCUAGGAGAAUACGGAAGUUGCACGCGUCCAACCAUGAAAUUCGGGAGGCAGGAAACAAGGCAAUUGCCGAAGCGAGAGCGUUGCGGAAAGCUGCCUCAGAAGCAGUUCCGAAUGAGAGACAGCAGCGCAAACGCGGGCAUGAUGUAACCCAGUUUGUGAGGACUGCAACUAAUAAAGCUAAGUAUGGCCCAGGGUGGCAGGUUAGGAGCGUGCUUGAUAUGUCGGAGUCGGAGUCUGAGAGUGAUGUGUCCGCGGAGCUCAGCGGAGAGGAGGAUGAUUAG